AUGAAUAUUACCAAUGAUGACCCGGAGCUUGACCAUCUCGAUUUGUCCGAGGAAUACAAAGCUAUAAAAUUUGAAUGGACUCCGGAGCUUGUGAAGAUUGGAACCUCACGAGGUGCAAUACAUCCGUCGAUUGGUCCUAUUAAACUGCAGGGUGCGUUCUCGGACUGUGUUUACCGGCCGGGUAUGGCUCUACCAGACCCCGCUGACACGCUAGAGUGUCUGAAGUGGAUUGGGUUAUCGGAUAAGAAAGUCGUUGAGGUGAAUCAAAGGUUUCAUGAACUAUACCCACAUUAUCAAGCACCCAAGUGUGGAUACGACGAGAAACAUCACCAGAACGGCCGUAAUACUAUCACCUUCCCUCUUCUCGAUAAAAUGGUCGACGUUUAUAUCAAAGGUCUGGAUCUUUGCACCGAGGAUUUUGAAUAUACACAUGAGGGUUACAUCAAGAGGGGUAUCCAACAAGGGCUGCGGCCAGAAUUUGCCAUAUUCUGUGGACUUCAUGAAGACGAUCCCCGAGCCUUAAGCGAUCCAGAUCUGUUCAAAGAAAACUGGUUCAACAGAGACCCAGAUGCGCUCAUUGUUGAUUGCAUCAUUCCGAUUUGGAUGGAACUCCAAAUGUUUAUGGUGCUGAGGUUAGUACACGAGGAGAAAGCAUGGAUGGAUCUUCAUGGACAUUGGCUUGUCCACGAGGGAGAAAGGCUAGACGAAGCGAAAGCGAGGGAGGAUGACACAGAGCGUCAGAGGCUUCGAGAGGAAGCGACACGAGAUUCCGAGCGCAUACGAGAAGAGCGGAGACAAGAAUUAGCAAGGUAUGAUGCAGAAGAAGAUGCAAGACUUGAAAAAGAGCAGGCACUUGAGGCCGAGGAAAAUUCAUGA